CAGAGAGAAGGCACUUAGAGGGACUUGGCUCUCCUCUUAGUGUGCUCCACAUCUCUGCCAAACCUCUUUCUGUCUCUGUUCCUCCUUUAUUCUCUGUAGACUACUUCUCAGAAGUAACUAAACCAGCCAUGUCGACCAGAUCAAUGAGCGUGAAAACAACCAGGACCAGCUUUGGUGGAAGCGGUGGUUAUGGCGGUGGCAGCCGUGUCUCAGUAGGAGGAGGAGGAGGAGGAGGAUUUUCCUCAAGAUCUGCUAUUACCUUCAGACCAUCCAUGCAAAUGGCCACAGCAGUCUCGUCAGGGGGCUCAAUGCUCAGGUCGAGCAUGGGUGGUGGUUUCAGUGGAGGCUCCUCGUAUGGCGGUUUUGGUGCCGGCGGCGGAAGCUAUGGUGCCGGCGGCGGAGGUUUUGGUGCCGGUGGUGGAGGCUUUGGUGCCGGCGGCGGAGGUUUCGGUGGAGGUUUCGGUGGUGGUGCUGGAGGCUUCGUUUCGGCUCCUAUCACAAAUGUCCAAUUCAACCAGAGCUUGCUGGCUCCCCUGAACCUUGAGAUCGACCCCAAUAUCCAGACAGUCCGUACCCAGGAGAAAGAGCAGAUCAAGACCCUCAACAACCGUUUCGCCAGCUUCAUUGACAAGGUCCGCUUCCUCGAGCAGCAGAACAAAAUGCUUGAGACCAAAUGGAGCCUACUUCAAGAACAGACCACCACCCGCUCCAACAUUGACGCAAUGUUCGAGGCCUACAUCGCCAACCUGCGCAGACAGCUGGAUGGGCUCGGCAAUGAGAAGAUGAAGCUGGAGAGUGAGCUGAAGAACAUGCAGAACAUGGUGGAGGACUUCAAGAACAAAUAUGAAGAUGAAAUCAACAAGCGUGCAUCUGUGGAGAAUGAAUUUGUGCUUCUUAAAAAGGAUGUAGAUGGUGCCUACAUGAACAAAAUUGAGCUGGAGGCAAAGGUUGAUGCUCUUCAGGAUGAGAUUAACUUCCUCAGAGCAAUUUAUGAAGCGGAACUGAAUGAGCUCCAGGGACAGGUCAAGGACACCUCAGUCAUUGUGGAGAUGGACAACAGCCGCGGCCUGGACAUGGACGCCAUUGUGGCCGAAGUCAGGGCACAGUAUGAGGAGAUUGCCAACAACAGCCGAGCUGAGGCUGAGAAGUGGUACCAGCAGAAGUUCCAAGAGAUGCAGACCUCUGCAUCACAGGCCGGAGACGACCUUCGCAACACAAAGAGCGAGAUUGCUGAACUCAACCGCAUGAUCAGCCGACUCCAGAAUGAGAUUGAGGCAGUCAAAGGACAGCGCGCCAACCUGGAGGCCCAGAUUGCUGAGGCUGAGGAGCGUGGUGAGUUGGCUGUGAAGGACGCCAAGGCCCGCAUCAAGACCUGGAAGACGCACUGCUCAGAGCCAAGUCCGACAUGGCCAAAGGUCCGAGAGUACCAGGAGCUCAUGAACGUCAAACUGGCUCUGGACAUUGAAAUCGCCACCUACAGGAAGCUUCUAGAAGGAGAGGAAUCCAGAAUUGCCUCUGGAGGUGGAAGUGCAACCAUCCACGUACAGUCCUCAAGCAGCAGCUACGGUGGUGGCUCAGGAGGCGGCAUGGGCAUGGGAGGAGGCAUGGGCGGAGGCAUGGGCGGAGGCUAUGGCGGAGGCAUGUCCAUGGGUGGAGGCUACGGCUCAGGUGGAGGAUUCGGUUCAGGAUAUGGCGGCUCGAUGGGAGGAGGCGGUGCCAUAAGCGUAAAGAGCACCACCAAGCUCUCGUCCUCUCGGCAGCGUUAUUAAAAUGUUCUGGUCUCCAUUCUUCUUCCCUUAUUCUCCAACCUUUUACUCUCACUUAUGAACCACGCCCCUCACCUUUCCCCCGCAGACACAGAUUCACCUCAGGAACACACUUUACCACUUACAAAUGAUGUACUCACGCAGAAAGAGUUGAAAAAUAACUACCAAAAACAAGUUAAGGCAGAGAUAUUGUUAAACCAAAGACAAAGAGCCGCAGAGAUGCGAGUGAGCCUUGUCGUCUUUUCGUUGGUCAGCCUGGCUGUCUUCUGGUUGCCGGAUGUGUUGUACAGACAAGAGAAUACUUGUAGUGUUAUAACAACGUAUCCUUUCAGUGCAACCACCGCUGCACAAAAACAGAGAACAGGAAGUAGCUUCGUCCUUGAGGAACAGAUGUGUUGCAGUCUUAAUUGUCAGUCUCACACCUCUUACUCCUUGUCUCUUCUGUUGUCUCAAAUGAGUCAUCCUGUGCAGUUUGACAUCUUUGAAAGCAGCCGCAUGCAGCACACAAGUUGAAUUGUUUUAUUUCUUUUUUUCAGUUCUCUUAUUUUCCUAUUCAUGUUUUGAGGGAACAUGAGCUCUCCACUGUUAUAACUAUGGUGGGUGGGAUCAUGCUUUACUGAAAUAUCCACUUUCAACGACAACUUUCAAACUACUUGCAUGGGGCUGACUGCAACAACCAGAUUUAUUAUGAAUUGUACCACCAAAAGAAAAAGAGCUGCAAUAAAUCUGAAUUCAUACCCA